GUUCCCUGCGGCACUGCGCGCCCCGCGCAGCCCGACCGAGCGGAGCCGAGCCGAGCCGGGCCGUGCCGUGCCGUGCCGGGCGGAGCGGGGCCGGGGACGCGGGAGCGGGCGGAGCCGAGCGGGGCAGCAGCGGAGCGCAGCCAUGAGCCGCCGCGUGGUGCGCCAGAGCAAGUUCCGCCACGUCUUUGGGCAGCCGGUGAAGGCCGACCAGAUGUAUGAGGACAUCCGUGUCUCCAAGGUGACGUGGGACAGCUCCUUCUGCGCCGUCAACCCCAAAUUCCUGGCCAUCAUUGUGGAGUCGGGUGGCGGGGGGGCCUUCAUGGUCCUGCCCCUGUCCAAGACAGGCCGUGUGGACAAGAACCACCCGCUGGUGACGGGGCACACGGCGCCCGUGCUGGACAUCGACUGGUGCCCCCACAACGACAACGUCAUCGCCAGCGCCUCCGAGGACACCACCGUUAUGGUGUGGCAGAUCCCAGACUACGUCCCCGUGCGCAGCAUCACGGAGCCGGUGGUGACGCUGGAGGGGCACUCCAAGCGCGUGGGCAUCAUCUGCUGGCACCCCACAGCCCGCAACGUGCUGCUGAGCGCAGGCUGUGAUAACCUGGUUAUCCUCUGGAACGUGGGCACGGGGGAGAUGCUGCUGGCUCUGGAGGAUAUGCACACCGACCUCAUCUACAACGUGGGCUGGAACCGCAACGGCAGCCUCCUGGUCACCACCUGCAAGGACAAGAAGGUGCGAGUCAUCGACCCGCGCAAGCAGACGGUGGUGGCGGAGAUAACCAAACCGCACGACGGCGCCCGGCCCAUCCGCGCCAUCUUCAUGGCCGAUGGCAAGAUCUUCACCACCGGCUUCAGCAAGAUGAGUGAGCGGCAGCUGGGCCUCUGGGACCUGGAGAGGUUCGCUCCCCACGAGGGGCUGAGGCCCGUGCGGGCCAUCUUCACGCGGGAAGGACACAUCUUUACCACGGGCUUUACCAGGAUGAGCCAGCGGGAGCUGGGGCUGUGGGACCCGAAAAACUUUGAGGAGCCCAUCGCACUGCAGGAGAUGGACACCAGCAAUGGGGUCCUACUGCCCUUCUAUGACGCCGACUCCAGCAUUGUGUACCUCUGUGGAAAGGGGGACAGCAGCAUCCGCUACUUUGAGAUCACGGACGAGGCGCCCUACGUGCACUACCUGAACACUUACAGCAGCAAAGAGCCACAGCGUGGCAUGGGCUUCAUGCCCAAGAGGGGACUGGAUGUCAGCAAGUGUGAAAUUGCCAGGUUCUUCAAGCUGCACGAGCGCAAGUGUGAGCCCAUCGUCAUGACGGUGCCACGCAAGUCAGACCUCUUCCAGGACGACCUGUACCCCGACACGCCGGGCCCUGAGCCGGCCCUGGAGGCGGAUGAGUGGCUGUCAGGGAAGGACGCGGAGCCCAUCCUCAUCUCGCUGCGGGACGGCUACGUCCCCGUCAAGAAUCGGGAGCUGAAGGUGGUCAAGAAGAACAUCCUGGACACCAAACCCCCCCCGGGCUCCCGCCGCAGCUCCACUUCCAUUACCGACAUCUCUACCCCCGUCCUGGAUGAGGUGUUGGAGGAGAUCCGGGUGCUGAAGGAGACGGUGCAGGCGCAGGAGAAGCGCAUCUCCGCUCUGGAGCACAAACUCUGCCAGUUCACCAAUGGCACGGACUGAGGCACGGGUAUGGGACUGCGCCCAGCCCAGCAUUAAACCGCAUCCCGCAGCGGG